AUGAUGUUCCAGCGGAUCGCAGCUCUUCUGAUCGUCGGAGCCGGCGCGUCAACCGCGUUCGUCCACUCCACCAACCAGCAGUCCAACCAUCAGUCCAACCAUAAAUCGGAAUCUAGUUACAGCAGCAGUUCGUCACGUACUGGUGGUCAUUCAUAUAGUUACGUCAGCCAGUCAGCCCACGGCCCAGGUUAUAGUUACAGUUACAGUCACUCCGAUGGCGGAUCACCAUUGUUCUUACCUGAAUACGCUUCUGGAUAUCAUUCAUACACACCUCUAUUCAUUCCAUCAAUCGAUUUUGAUCUAGACUUUGAUUUGGAUGAUGACCUAGAUACUGAUAUAGAUUUCUAUAUUGAUACAGACUUGGAUUUAGACAUAGAUUUGGAUUUUCCGGGCAUUGAAUACGGACUCGGUUACAUUGGAAAGUACGGACACUGGUAUAGAAAACCAAAAUACGGAAUUUCCAAGUUGUACCACAGUAUCGAUCUAGAUUUAUUGAAUUAUGGAGGAAAUUACGGAUACGAUCAUUUAGGACCUUCACAUUAUGGAUCACUUAAUUUUUUCAAAUAA